CCCUCAGCUCCCUGCAGCUUCCUGUAGAUUACUGGGCUGGACCCACGCUUGCUCCUUUGACCCCGUUGGACCACGUCAGUGUUUCCUGGCCUGUAGUUUGACAGAAUAAUCUUAACAGGGGUUUUAUUGCAGCUGUAAAACUCAAGAGGCUUGAGCUGAGAGUGACGCAGGCAACGCGGGGGUCGAGUCGAGUGUUUACUGUGACGGGCGCUCGGGCUCGUGCGUCCUCCACUGCCGUGUGGCUGGGAUCCUCUGAUCCUCUGCCGCUGCCAGUUCCUCAGCGACACUCAGCCGCCUCAACCUCUGGCUCUUUGCCGACAUCACUUUAGCAUUUCACUGUCAGACUGUGGCUGUUCAAUAUAACAAAGUGCUCCGGCAUAAAAACAAACAGAUAUUGAUGUGACAAAAAUACAGUAGAUGCUUGUUGAACGUUUUAAGCAUUUCACUGCUUUUCGCUCAGUAACUGAAAAAACAAUUAACUGAUUAAUAUAUUUUCGCUAACACAAUUAGUGAUUGUUUUGAGUAUUUACCUCGGGUACAGCAAAGCUAAGCUGCAGCUUCUCACUGCAGAUACUGAACAACCCUGCAGAUCCUUCUGAUCCUCGCUGCUGUUGUCCCACCGUAGGUGUCUGGAGGCGUUCUGUAUCUAUGGCAGCGUGGGCCGAGUGGAGGAGCCUUAUGUCAGCAUCACCAGGAAGAAGCAGAUGCCCCGUGGGGGUCAGUCUGAGGAGGUGGAGCGGCAGGUGGGGCAGGCGGAGGGGAAGCUGUUCACGCACAGAGCAGCCUUCGCCCGCACCUCCGUCAUCCAGGCCUUCCUGGGCUCGGCCCCCCAGCUCACCCUGCAGCUCUACAUCUGCGUCCUGCAGCGGGGGGUGUCCAUCGGGAGAGGCACACUGAUGGUGAUCUCCCUCCUGUCCAUCGUGUACGGAGCGCUGCGCUGCAACAUCCUGGCCAUUAAAAUCAAAUACGAUGACUAUGAAAUGGACAUCGGGCCCAUGGCUUACCUGUGCAUCUUCCUGUGGAGGAGCUUCGAGAUCGCCACCAGAGUGGCGGUCCUGGUUCUGUUCAGCUCUGUGCUGCAGCUCUGGGUGCUGCCCGUGGUUCUGCUCAACUUCCUCGUCUUCUUCCUCUACCCCUGGAUCCUGUUCUGGUGGAGCCACUCUCCGUUUCCCGAGAACAUAGAGAAGACUCUGACCCGGGUGGGCACCACCAUCGUGCUCUGUCUGCUCACCUUCCUCUACGCCGGCAUCAACAUGUUCUGCUGGUCGGCCGUGCAGGUGAAGCUCAACGACCCGGACCUCAUCAACAAGUCCCAGAACUGGUAUCGCAUGUCUGUGUACUACAUGUUGCGUUUCGUGGAGAACGCCUCGCUGCUUCUGCUGUGGUACAUCUACAAAACGGACUUCUACAGCUUCGUCUGCGCCCCCCUGCUGGUGCUGCAGCUGCUGGUGGCCUACGCCAUCGCCAUCUUCUUCAUGCUGGUCUUCUACCAGUUCUGCCACCCGUGUCGGAGGCUCUUCUCCUCCAGCAUGACGCAGGGCCUGUGGAACUGCUCCGCUCUGCUCUGUCUCGUGUGCAACUCGGCUUCACCAGAGAACAGGCCGAUAGGAAAGGCCGCCCUGGAGCCGGCGAGCCCCAGCGCACGCAAGGAGCCGCCGGCUAACGACGGGGCUCCCGACACGGUCAGCGACACCGCAGACGACCUGCCUAAUGACACGACCUACGACAUGCUCAAUGACACCCUCUACGACACUCCCACCGACAUCGGCAAUAAUAUAACAAGCGAGGUCAACGGGGACAUCUGCCACAGUGUAUCUGCUUAAAGCAUCACCAACUGAUUCAUGUGCCAUUCAGAGAAACAAGCAACACUCAUCACACCUUCUGUAACCUAUAAAGUGCCACAUAAGUUGAGUUUACAUUUAAUCCUACUCAGAUCGUAAUCUCAAAUCACAAAUCCAUUGCAAAUAUUCCUGCCAUAAGCUAAUAUGAAGCAAGCGUGUCUUAACUGGCCUGACUGAGCCUGGUCGCGGACAUGCUGUGUUCACGUGAACCAGUGGGAGAAUCGUGCACCCAUCUCACCAGCCAGUGUCCUAACCUGUUACCCUGCAGCCUUUAACAUGAAUAAAACAAAGCGUUGCCAUGGAAACACCAUUUAAUGUUUAGCUUGUGGAGAUUGUGUCCAUUUAUAUGCUGCAUUGCUAACCGCACAGCCAGUCUACUUGAUUGUACUCAGUAUCUGUCUUUGGCAUGGAGGUGUGCAUGUGUGGAGGUGUUAUGGAGGGUGGGGGCUGUUUUGUACAGGGUGUUAUUACAAAGCCUUUGCUAGUUAUAUGGCUGCAAGCAAUGGGCUUUUUCUUACUCCUCGAUAAGAGCUUUAUCAUGAAUAUGUGCUGCUUCUGUAAUGUAUUUGUGUGAAUCUCCACACAGUCUGUCCAAUCACCAAACCAGUCACCGUAAAGCACAGACUUCUCCAAGCGGAACGCUUUUGCACGUUUACAUAAAGGGUCUAAGUGGCUUCAAUCCAGCUGCUGAGAAGCAACAGCUGUUGUGAUGUGAAAAGCUUUUUUUUUCCCUCAGAUGUAUUUGCAUUUUUCUGAUUCAUGCUUGUUGUGUCUUUAUAUCUCAAUAGUACAGGAAGUGCACAAAAUGAACCUGUAAGCAUUUUGCUUAUACUUUACUCAACCUCUAUUGUACAUUUGAGUCAUUGAGAGGGACGUCAUUGUUGUUUCUGUACUAUGUUUUGCAAUGCAUCUGUAGAGGGGAUGAAAACAUUGAAUAACAUGAAUGCUCUUAAUGUUUGUACAAACAAGAUGAACUAACAUCUGAAGCCAAAAAAAUGUGAAUAAGGCACACAGGCGCCAUUCUCAUACAUAAACUGAUGAAAGAAAUAAAAUAAAUUUAUAUUCAUAAGUGAAAA